CGUAAGUGGGCCGAGUACCUCGAGUUGCUUAUCAUCCAAGCGUGGCGAAUGGAAGUGGAAGGCAAUCUGCUCGGAUUCCUCUUCGGAUCGGUGCGGCCUGAUCACCGCCAACCGAUCGUAAACGAGUUAAUGGUCCCCCUUGCACAACCGGCCGACGAUCUCUCUCUUGAGAUCGUCUCGCAGAGCGACGAUAGCCCGGUCCCGCACGUUCUUACGCGGACCUUGGCGCCAUAUCUUCAGUGGCCGGCGUGCUUGGAGGAACCAGGGAGCCACCUCAACCCGCCAUCACAGCGCGAUUACCUAGACCUGCACGAGAUAGUCGAUGUCGCCUUCUUCCAAGAUCGGACGGCUUCCGAAAACGAAGAGAUAGAGAUUGAAGCGGGAGAAGAAAGCUCGGAGGAAGAAGAGGAGGUCGAAGAAGAGCCCGACGAGGAAAAAACUCCCGAGGAAGGGAGCUACAGUGAGCACAGCGAGGGCGAGCAGAGUAAAGAGGAGGAAGAAGAAGACGUCGACGAAGAAGAAGAAGACCAGGAGGAGUUAGUAGAGUCGGAGUACGAGGGAUUCGAGAAGGAAGUGCACGACGAGGCUCGGGCGCAGGCCAAGGCACAGAAGAGGGAAGAGAUCGCAGCCGGGUAGGGACAAUUGGAAUUCACCAACGCAGCCGGCCAGCCGCUCACCGACGAUCCAGCUCGGGACCCAGAGUCGCCUAAGCCCGAGGA